AUGCCAUGGCCUGUGGGCACCGAGAGCUUCAGCUCGCUUGCGAGCGCAGUCUGCCAUGAUUCUGAUCCCACUUUCCUUGGCCAUCUUGGCCUGCUGGUUGCAUCCAAGGCAAAGGAUGUUUGUGGCCUGGAGUUGGGCAGAGGAGGGACCUUCGACUCGAAGCGUGUUCUCUACGUGCACGCUCGAGAUGGUUUAGAGGACAAGCUGGAGCCCGAUGACAUCGGCGCCUGCCUGGCCCUGCCGGUGUCGACCCUCCGAAAGGCGACGCUCACGGCGAUUUCGGACAUCUUGAAAAAGCUCGGCGAAGUGAUGGACACCUCUGCCGAGAAAGGCCAGGAGCGCUUCCUCCUCUUUGCAGCUCUCGAGCUGACCAGCGCCGGAGUUCGCCUCCUGGAUGCGACGUACCUCCGCUGCUGUGAGCGGCUGGGCUGCGAAACCUGCGGCCUCAGCGAAAGCGCCGAGUCGGAGGAGUCCUCUUUGACGUUGCUCGAGUCCUUUGGCCGGAAGGCUGCCGCUUUGUGUCAUCUGGUGGAGUCCUCCAUCGCCCUGACGACGUCGACUCUCGAGAUUCGCCAGAGGGAGCCGCCCGUCAUCAAGAGAAGAGGCGCUACGCAGCAAGUGCGACACGCGCUGCAGGAGUUGCUGACGGCAGACAUCUCGGUGGGCCUGGAGGCGCUUCCUCCGGAUGACGAAGCGUUCAUGAACGUGGGUGGUGUGGUGGGCCAGACCGUGCGGCUCAUAAUCUUACAACUGCUGGACGCAAUCCCGGACAUGGCCUCCGAAGUUCGCCACCUUCCAAAAGGAGUGCCAGCAUGGUCGCAGCUCGCCGCAGCAGAGGUUCUGGAAGCGAGUGGAGCCAGCAGCGCCACUGUGCAGGAGAUGCUGUUCCUUCUCCCGCUUCCAGCAGGCUGGCCAGCGACAAGGGCGUCGCCCCUCUGCGAGAAGCACUUGCUGGAAAGCUCCGGACGAGGCAGAGACCAAGCUCAAAUUGCUUUCGCUCGAAGGGAUGCGGCAGCUACGACCACUUGGCUGGGAGCGUCGCCGAGUCAGCUGCUGAAGAUCAUUGCGACCUCCGGGAGGCCGGUACAUCGCUCGUAUGUGGCGAUUCGCCAAGCGGGUCGCUUCGGCCAGGAGGCGAGCUGUGAGGAAGCCGUGGGGAUCCUCUACGAUCCGACUCUCUGCCUUGACGACGAACUGGGGCUCAGCGGAGUGAUCUAUUUUCUCACCAUGGACCCGGAGAUUGACGACCCUCUCUACGUCAAAUGGAUUGGGCGAGCCUGGUCGGGGCAGCGGUCCAAGGAGCAGCCGGUGUGGCAGUCCACAAUGGAUCCGAUCAUGCCGCCUCCUGACCCCUACGACCUUAUAUCGCUGAACCCAAUGGCGGGGAAUUGCCAGACGAUCUGGCAGAUCCUGCAGGCCGACAGCAUCAGCACGGCGAGCAUCGUGUACGUGCCCGUGAAUCCAACCAUUCCUCCGCCGCUGGAGGUGAUGCCAAACUUCACACACUUCUACAUCUGGCACCGGCGCAAGUCCAAAGCGGCUCGAAGGGUUGGUAUGGAUCGAUUCAUCAGCAACCUUCAAGCAUUUCGACGGUACAUGGCUGCGCAGUGCUCGCUUGAAUCGGUUUCCAAGCUUCUGGGGCCGCUUGGCUAUGAGCUCUUGUAUCUUGAGCACUUUGUUGCAGUGCUGGUUCACCAGCGCGUGGCGUCCUUGGUGCGGCAGCAUCUUGGUCAGCCAGGGACCACACCAUCUACCUUCGAAGUGUGGCGUCAAGGUUGGUAUUGCUCGCCUUACUCCCGGUACAUGGACCACUUGGAGGUGGGUGUUGGCUUCGAUGCGACCUGGCUGAGUCCGGAGCCCUCUGGGCCGUCCGAGAGAGGUCUCGGCUGUUCAAGGUCCUUCAAGGAGUUUCUCGCGGCGGAAGGGCACUUGAUCUCCGGGAGCUACACAGGUAAAGACGUGUGCGAUGAGGACAUGAGGGGAGCUGCAAAGCACUUCCAGAAGCAUGGCGAUGCAGGUGUGGCUUUGUUUUCCAAGCUUCUGCGCAGUCGCUACUGCUCGGUCACCAAACCUGCGAGAUCCAUCAAGUCAGCAGGCAUCGGAUCUUGGAAGCCCGCAGUUUCGGCUCCACUUCGGAAUCUGUACAGAAUGUCAGAGGAAGCGAUCCGGAAUGUCGUCCAAGAGCUUUUGGAGGGAGGAGAUCUGUCGGAGGACAGCUCCCCGCUGCUCCCUUUCCUGAUCCAGGGCCUUCGCAGCUCAAACGUGGCGGUUGCUGAGGCUGCCGCACAGGGCCUGCUCGCUCUUAUAUCCCGCAGCGAGGGCAAUCGAGGAGUGAUCAAAGCGUCGUCGGCUGCUUCUGCUCUCAAGGCACUGCACUUGUUCGGGCGAACAGAGCUGUCCGCCUUGGCAAAAGAGCUGUCCACGGAGCUGGGAGAUUGCACUCGGGAGCAGAACCACUGGCUCAGCUUUUCCUAUGGGGAGCCGGAAACUCUGAGCUUGAAAGUGAAGCUCAGUGAAGCCAGGGAGGCAGAAAUCUUGUCGAGCCACGGCUGGAGGGUGUGGCCCGGGGCGCAAUUGCUGACGUCCUGGAUGGUGUCUGAACCGAGCUUCCUCGUGGGCCGAAAAGUGUUAGAGGUGGGUGCUGGGCCGGGGCUGUGUGGCCUGGCAGCAGCUGCCCUUGGGGCCCAAGAGGUGGACCUGAGCGAUCGCUGCAAGGCUGUUCAGGAGGCGCUGAAGAUGAGCGCGGAGGAGAACGGCUUCAAGAAUGUGACGGUGAGAUCCCUCGAUUGGGAGGCGCCAGAUGCGCUUGAUCGCUACGACGUGGCUUUGGCCAGCGAGGUGAUCUAUCAAAAACCUGCUGUAGAAAGGCUGCCGAAGUUGCUGCUUGAAGUCCUGAAGCCUGGAGGUGUGUUCUGCGCCUGCGAGAACGCUGGGCGCUCUCAAGAUGGUGUCAGACUCUUGCCGCUCUUUUUCCAAGAGAUGGAGGCCUUGGGAUUCUCCCAGCUGCACUUUGAGACGAAGCGCUUUGAAGGAGAAGAGCACGCCCUUUUCAAGUUCGGACGUAGCUGA